AUGACUCCCCUUCACACAAGCCAGAAGAUGCCGUGGUUCCCCAUCAACUUCCAGAAAGCUGCUGGGAUGGACAUGUCUAACAAGAAAGUCUUGGUGCUGGUUUUGAUGUUGCUGCUGUCUCACCUGGCCUGUAAUGCUCACAGCACGUCUGAGUGCUGCAGACAACCAGCUCGCUCCUGUCACCUCUAUGCAUUGCUGUGUCGCUCCGGCAGCAAGAACUUAGGGGGAACACUCACAGGAGACGCCGCCGCUGGCAUCCUUACUCUGGGUAAACGGAAUGAAGAUGAGCAUCUCCUGCAGAGCCGACUCCACCAGCUCCUCCAAGGAUCCAGGAACCAAGCAGCAGGGAUCCUGACUAUGGGGAAGAGGACUGAAGAGAGGGCUGGAGACCAGUAUAUGGACUGGAUGGCUCAGUCAGGAUCUAUCAUCAAGACGCCACUGCCUGUUUUAAGUUAA